GCACCCCAAAUUUGUGUCCAUCCACCUUUGUCACUCUUUUUCUUUCUCAUUAUGGACACCGUUCAAAGUCUGCUUCCGUAUGCUCUGCCUGCUGUGCUUGCGGCAGGAACCGCCUACUUUUUUAUGAACAAGAAGAAGGCUGUCCUUGAUCCCAAAGAGUACAAGAACUUCAAGCUCAUUGAGAAAAUUACCAUUUCACACAACACUGCGCUGUACCGUUUUGGUUUGCCUCGCAGUGACGAUGUGCUGGGCUUGCCUAUUGGACAACACAUCUCGGUGAUGGCCGAAAUUAAUGGCAAGCAGAUCUCUCGCAGUUACACUCCCACUAGUUCCGAUGAAGAUUUGGGUCACUUUGACGUUCUUGUCAAGUCGUAUCCUACUGGUAAUAUUUCCAAGUUGUUCGGUGAACUUAAGGUGGGUGACUCCGUGGCGGUGCGCGGUCCCAAGGGCAAUUUCAAUUACACGCCCAACCUUGUCAAGUCCUUCGGCAUGAUUGCUGGCGGUACUGGUAUCACGCCCAUGCUUCAGAUUAUCCGUGCUAUUUGCAGAAACCCUGAAGACAAGACGACUGUCAAAUUGAUCUUUGCCAAUGUCAAUGAAGAGGAUAUCUUACUGCGUAAGGAAUUGGAUGAAUUGGCUGCCAAGCAUGACAACUUUAGCGUGUAUUAUGUGCUUAACAAUCCUCCGGAGGGAUGGACCGGUGGAGUUGGUUUCGUCACAGCGGACAUGAUCCGAGAACAUUGCCCGGCUCCUUCCAACGAUAUGAAGUUGUUGCUGUGCGGUCCCCCUCCCAUGGUGUCGGCCUUGUCCAAGGCUGCCGCUGAAAUCGGUUACGCGAAGCCUCGUGCUAUCAGCAAACUUGAAGACCAAGUGUUCAAGUUUUAAGAAAAAAGAACAAAACCGGUUUUGCAUUUUUUUUUUAUUCCAAUAUUUUCCUUUGUCUACUUAUGUAAGGUGAUGAAAACCAUCGUAAAUGGUAGAAGAAAAUGAAGUGGGAAACACAAGUCACACGAUGACCCAACGUUUUGCGGGUUCUCCGGAGUUUUGCUUUUUCCCGUUUCCACCUUUUUCGC